CACCGACCCCCCCGUACUGCAACGCGGCCGUUUCCCUUGCGCGCAGCACGCAUUUGUGAAUUACCGUCCGGGGUCCCGCGGCCUCCGCGCGCCCCCACGGCCAGCUUUCUCCUUCCCCAGCUCCCGCCUCCGCUGGGGGUUCUCCGGCGCCCGUUAGGAGCGCCCCGUCCGACGCGCACCUGGCGCGCUCGCGCCGCUGCCCGGGCUCCGCUUUCACUUUCUGUUCCGGGGUAGGGGAGGCCGGCGGCAGCGGCGCGAGGGCGAGCUGGUCGCGUCGCAGACCACCCCCCAGGUAAUUGGAGCAAGAAGAUGUUAUCUCUGUUCAUCAGAUGGCCACCAGUAACCGUGCCAUUUCUACCGUCCUCACUGUUGAUUCUCUUAACUGUGUCAACUCCUUCGUGGUGUCAGAGCAGUGACACCUCAUCUCCAAAAGCUAGCAAUGGAACUCCAUUCCCUUGGGAGAAAAUGCGACUUCCUGAGCACAUCACCCCAGUGCAUUACAAUCUCCUGAUCCAUGCAAAUCUCACCACUCUGACUUUCGAGGGAACCACGGAAAUAGAAAUCACAGCCAGCCAGCCUACGAGUACCAUCAUCCUGCAUAGUCACCUCCUGCAAAUAUCUAAGGCCACCCUCAAGAAGAGAGUCGGAGAGAGGCUGUCUGCAGAACCCUUGAGAGUCCUGGAGUACCCGCCUCACGAGCAAAUCGCACUUCUGGCUCCCGAGCCUCUGGCUGUCGGACUCCCGUACACAGUUGUCAUCGACUACUCUGGCAAUCUUUCUGAGCAUUUGAAUGGAUUUUAUAAAAGCACCUACAGGACCAAGGAAGGGGAAGUGAGAGUACUGGCAUCGACGCACUUUGAACCCACCGCAGCCAGAAUGGCCUUUCCCUGCUUUGAUGAACCUGCCUUCAAAGCGAAUUUUUCAGUCAAGAUCAGAAGGGAGCCAAGACACCUCGCCAUCUCCAACAUGCCACUGGUUAAAUCUGUGACUGUUGCUGAAGGACUCCUAGAAGACCAUUUUGAUGUCACUGUGAAGAUGAGCACCUACCUGGUGGCCUUCAUUAUUUCAGAUUUUAAGUCUAUUAGCAAGAUGACCAAGAGUGGAGUUAAGGUUUCCAUAUAUGCUGCACCAGAUAAGAUACAUCAGGCAGAUUAUGCCCUGGAUACCGCAGUGACUCUUCUGGAAUUUUACGAGGAUUAUUUUAGCAUUCCAUAUCCCUUACCCAAACAAGAUCUUGCUGCUAUUCCUGACUUUGAGAGUGGUGCUAUGGAGAACUGGGGACUGACCACAUACAGAGAAUCGAUUCUCUUGUUUGACCCUGAGACGUCUUCAGCAUCAGAUAAGCUUGGCAUUACGAUGACGGUGUCACAUGAACUUGCCCACCAGUGGUUUGGGAACCUCGUCACCAUGGAAUGGUGGAAUGAUCUUUGGUUAAAUGAAGGAUUUGCCAAGUUUAUGGAGUUUGUGUCAGUCAGUGUAACUCAUCCUGAACUGAAAGUUGAAGAUUAUUUCUUCGGCAAGUGUUUUAAUGUGAUGGAGGUUGAUGCGUUAAAUUCCUCACACCCUGUGUCAACCCCUGUGGUGAAACCUGCUCAGAUUCGGGAGAUGUUUGAUGAAGUUUCUUAUGAAAAGGGAGCUUGUAUUCUGAAUAUGCUAAGGGAUUAUAUCAGUGCUGAUGCAUUUAAAAGUGGUAUUGUACAGUACCUCCAGAAGUAUAGCUACAGAAACACAAGAAAUGAGGACCUGUGGAAUAGUAUGGCAAGUAUUUGCCCUACAGAUGGCUCAGAAAGGACGGAUGGCUUUUGCUCCAGGGGUCCUCAUUCAUCUUCAACCUCACACUGGCGACAGGAAGGCCUUGAUGUAAAAACCAUGAUGAACACGUGGACCCUGCAGAAGGGCUUUCCCCUGAUAACCGUCACGGUGAGAGGGAGGAACGUGCACAUGAAGCAGGAGCACUACACCAAAGGACCCGAGGACACUGCAGAAACUGGGUACCUGUGGCAUGUUCCACUGACAUUCAUCACUAGCAAAUCAAACUCAGUCCAAAGAUUUUUGCUGAAGACAAAAACAGAUGUGCUCAUCCUCCCAGAAGAGGUAGAAUGGAUCAAAUUUAAUGUUGGAAUGAAUGGCUAUUACAUUGUGCAUUACGAAGAUGAUGGAUGGGAUUCUUUGACUGGCCUUCUAAAAGGAGCACACACAACAAUCAGCAGCAAUGAUCGAGCCAGUCUCAUCAACAAUGCAUUUCAGCUCGUCAGCAAUGGAAAGCUAUCAAUUGAAAAAGCCUUGGAUUUAGCCCUGUACUUGAGACGUGAAACUGAAAUUAUGCCGGUCUUCCAAGGUUUGAACGAGCUGAUACCUAUGUAUAAGUUGAUGGAGAAAAGAGAUAUGAAGGAAGUGGAAAAUCAGUUCAAGGCCUUUCUCAUCAGGCUGCUGAGAGACCUCAUUGAUAAGCAGACGUGGACAAAUGAGGGCUCCGUCUCGCAGCGAAUGCUGCGGACUGAGCUGCUCCUACUUGCCUGUGUGCGCAAGUAUCAGCCCUGCGUGCAGAGGGCAGAAGCCUAUUUCAGAGAGUGGAAGGAAGCCGAUGGAAAUCUGAGCCUGCCCAGCGAUGUGACCUUGGCAGUGUUUGCUGUGGGGGUCCAGAACCCUGAAGGAUGGGAUUUUCUUUAUAGAAAAUAUCAGUCAUCUUUGUCUACUUCCGAGAAAAAUAAAAUAGAAUUUGCCCUCAGUAUUAGCCAAGAUAAGAACAAGCUUCAGUGGCUACUAGAUGAAAGUUUUAAGGGAGAUGUAAUAAAAAUUCAAGAGUUUCCAUAUAUUCUUGGAGCUGUCGGCAGGAACCCGGUGGGAUAUCCAUUGGCCUGGCAGUUUCUAAGGGAAAAUUGGGAUAAACUGAUAGAAAAGUUUGAACUUGGCUCAACUUCCCUAACCCAUAUGGUCAUCCGAACGACAAGUCAGUUCUCCACAAGAGCACGGCUUGAAGAGGUAAAAGAAUUCUUUGGCUCUUUAAAAGAAAAGGGUUCUCAGCUACGUUGUGUCCAACAAACAAUUGAAACCAUUGGGGAAAACAUCCGUUGGAUGGACAAGAAUUUUGAGAAGAUCAGGGUGUGGCUACAAAGCCAGGAGCUCGAACUGCUCUAACAGUUUGUUCCUUGCUGGUUCCUGUGAUGUGUAAUCGCUACAACGUUGUCGAAUGGGAUUAUUUUCAAAUCAGACAUGGCGGUUUUGGCUCCACUGAAGAGGAUUCCUUUUCCUUCUUCCUCCUUGGACUAUUCCUGUGAAAAGACCGGUGACUAAAUUGUCCAUUGAUGGGUUACUGCUACGGUGUCUUUUGAUAGGUGUUGCCUUGCCCUGUCAACCCAGGGGGUGGGUUCCCGACUGUGGAGGACCACCUUAUUCCUUUUGUUUCCUUACCCUUAUGCCUGGUGCUUUCCCAAGUCCUCCCCCUGUGUGUGUGUCACCAUAAGCUGUUGAGUCACUGUCUUCUAGAGACUUGUGAAUAGUGCAGACUACUGAAAGGUGAGCUGUUGGAUCGAUGACUAAGCCGGUACGUUCCACCUUUCCGUUCCCUGCUGCAGGCCGAGGCUGACCUCUAGACCCAUGUCCCCAGGCUUGUUUGCUCUCUUUUGGUCAGUCUCCCAGGAAGGCAGAUGGGAGCCGGGGUGGGAGAGAGUACAGGGGGGUGUUUUAUUACCCUGGUUCCCUUGGAGGCUGCCUUUGGCUGACCUCCACUCAAGCUCGGCUCCUGAGAGGCACCCCCCCCCACCAGUCCUUUCCACACCUGCCUUCUGGAAGCCGCUUCCUGCUCUCAUCCCUCCAGGCUGAGGGAGGGGUGAAGGGCAGGCCUGGCUCUCACCGGCAGUACUUAUGGGUUCCUUCCAUCCUCCCCACACCUUUGUUGAGAAAACAAAACUUUAUAGAACCCUCCUCAAAUAAUUAUAAUUUGAGUGUGUGGUCUACUUCCUCAGGGACCCCGACUGAUACUGUCCCUCUGAGAAAGCAGGGAGCAUUCAUUCAGGUCUAGCAGAGAAGCCUUUCGUCUGAAGUUGAACCUGGGAGCUGUGGACACUUGGGUAGGUGAUGCUGCUUCUCCCUGCUCCAUAUUUGGCCUAGCUUGUAACUCCCCAAUAACUUGUUACUGGCACUUACUGCCACCAAGUUACAGCAGAGUCUCCCAUAAAUUAUGUACUGUAAAACUGAAAAUACUUAUAAUUAGCUUAUGUGUGGACAAUGUAUUGUCUCUGAAGCCUUUUAUGAGUUUUAAUAUACUGCAAAAUUUAGGAUAAAAGAAUGAUCUGAAAAAACGUCAAUGUGUUCCAAAACACUGUGGCACAGAGUGACUUCUGGACACCAAUGUGUUUACAAUUCUAUUUUGGUAUGUAUUGCAUGGUCCUCAUGGUUUGAGAAAUCAAAACAAAACCAGAAAUCACUGGUAAUUUCCACCCCCCGAGGUAUUAACCUUUUAAAAGACAUACAAAGCCAAAAUUUCAAUGUAAAAUAUUUUUAAUUGUGGGUAAUAUUUUUGUAUUUUGAUUUAAUGAAACAUGGAAAUGGUGGUUUUCAUUUUUGGUUACCUGUGGAACCUCUUCUAAUUUGCUUUUGUUGGCGAAGUCCAUUUUCUAAAUAGAUACAAUAUUGCUACACCAAUGUACAAACUCCUUUUUUUGUAAUAAAAGUUGUCUUCCUGGUCUCUAA